AUGGAGGAUUUUUUUCCACGAGAUUUUCAUUUUUCAAUUUUUCCAACAAAAAACCUUUCAUCACAUCACGAAACAAUCCUCGAGCAAAUCGAAUCUAUUGAACGCAAGGCAUUUCCCAAGAACGAAGUAAUGCCGAUAAAAGAUGAGAUCACGAAAAAAAGCAACACGAUGUUAAUUGCUUAUUAUUAUGAAGAGCCUAAUCAAAAGCUUAAUAAACGCGAAAACAAUAACAUAACUCGAAAAAAUUUAUCAAGAAAACAACAAGCUAACAAUAAUAAUAUUAGAGAAUCACAAAAAAUAAAAAUUGCUGGAUACAUAAUAUACUCACUUCUCUAUUCUGCUCAUUCAUUACCAAUAACGCGUAUCAUUAAACUUUGCAUUCACACUUCGCUACGAAAAAAAGGAUUAGGUACACGUUUAUUGGAAAUGUGUUUGGGAAGAACAGGCGUGCCAGAGAAAAGUCGCGCUGAGCUACAUGUUGAUGUGCAAAGAAAGGACGCGAUAAAUCUUUAUCGUAAAGUCGGAUUUGAAAUUUAUGGCGAUCUACUUGAAAAUUAUUAUGAAAUUGGCAGGGAUGCCUGGUUCAUGGUGCUUGUAAAGUGA